AUGUUUGCAUCUCAUGAAUUCAAGUACUUGUUGAUGUCAAAUUCUACUAAAUCAGAUUUAGACAGCAAAAAUGAAAAGCUUUUAUCUAACGCAAUUAAGAUAAGAUGGAGGUUUUAUAGCAAGGAUUGUGUACAAAAUAAAAUGUUUAUAAAGAAAUUUAUUUGGAAAUUGGAAUCAAAUUUAAGAAUGCUAAAAGUCAUAUCUUUAACAAAUGUCAUGAGAAGAGAAAGAAAUGUUAUAUUGAAUACUGGAAAGAGAACUCAUAAUCAUAUCUGA